ACAGAACUCAGGGCGACGCUCGAGGAGGCGUCCGCCGCGGACGCGUUGUGCGUCGUGGACUGGUCGAUGACGACCUGCGGGCCGUGCCAGCGCGUGAAGCCGAUGUACGAGCAGAUGGCGCGGUCGUGCGCUAACGCGCUGUUCGUCGGGAUCGACGUGCAGGCGUCGAGCGCGAACGCGGACCUCGCGAGGAAGGCGGCGGUGACCGCGUUUCCGACGUUUCAUCUGUAUAAAAAAAUGCAGAGAGUCGCGGAGAUGCGAGGCGCGGACGUCCCCCGCCUGGCGCAGCUCAUCGCGACGCAC